UUCGAGCGCUUGCUUCUGGAGGAGCCAGCUCAGCACAUCGUGCGCAGAAAAAACACAGACGAAGAGGAUUCCAUAGCAGGUGUCAAGAGGAUCAUGUUCUACCUCUACCAGUCCUACCAUCGCCUCAAGAAGCUCACCGACUGCAAGACUGGCCCCUUCGAGACUGCCCACCAUGUGAUUGUAACCCAGACUGCUUCGGCCCUCUGCCAGCCAGAGAUGUUUCCCGAUUCUAAACUGGGGGAGGACUUCAUGAAACUGUUCCUCUUCUACCACGACCAGACAGGGCACUGCGAGGUGCUGCAGCAGUUCCUGCUGGACGUGUCGGGCUCGGUGGUGAACGUGGAAGGGGCGGAGCUAGCUGAAGUGCUGACCCCCGCAUUCGCCCAUUUGCAGGCCAAGCUGGCGGGGGCGGGGCUCUUCGACCGCAACCUCUUCCUCUACAUAGACACCCUCAACUACUUCGCGUCCUCCGAGACGCUCAUCAAGGCACUUCUACAGCACAGCCUGCCUCGAGAGCUGCGCAAUGGCAAGGCCUACCAGCAGAGCCUGCUGGGGCUGCCCCUGGGGGUCUCCUGCCUGCCCCCCUCAGAGGUGGAACCCUUCGAGUUCUUCCGUGAGCCCGGAAGAAGCUCCACGCAAGACCACGCCAUCACGGAAGAACGACUCUCCCUGCCCCUGGUGACCAUUGCCAGGACUGUUCACCGACUCUUCGACAAAAUCCUGCGCAAGUCCAUCGAGACGAGAGAGAUGCUGUUGCACUGGCUGGGAAACUGUUUGGAUGCCAAUGCAGGUCGUGCGAAAAUCUGGAACAGCCAGCUGCCAGAGGUUUACGCCUCUCUCCAUGCUUCUGAUGGCUUCUUUGUGAACCUGUCUGCUGUGCUGCUGCUGCUUUGCAAGCCCUUUGCAGAGCCCAGGUCCCCCAAGCUCUUCAAGGUGGACCCCCUCUACUCUGCUGCACCCCUCUCCACCCCAGACAAGCGAAACGGGGUGCACAUCAAGAGCAUCACCCAGGAGACGUGCCUGCUCCCCCGGGACGAGCCCAUGGAGGAGGAGGGGGCGGAGCGGGUGUUCAGCUUCAGCUCGGAGAUCUUCCACCUGGCACACUGGGCCCUGCGCCUGGGGUUCCGGGUGGCUACGGAGCGCCUGUCCCGCCUCAACCAGGACCCGGGCAUCACCCAGGAGACGUGCCUGCUCCCCCGGGACGAGCCCAUGGAGGAGGAGGGGGCGGAGCGGGUGUUCAGCUUCAGCUCGGAGAUCUUCCACCUGGCACACUGGGCCCUGCGCCUGGGAUUCCGGGUGGCCACGGAGCGCCUGUCCCGCCUCAACCAGGACCUGGUCCGGGUGCAGAGGAUGUGGGAGGAGGCGAGGAUGGGGCAGGGGGAGCACUCGGAGUCCGCCCAGCGCAUCAAGGACAACAUGGAGAGGGGCAUGACCAAAUUCCUGACGUACCGCACAGCCCUCCUGGUGCCCGAGACCCUGGACCUGAUGGUACGCUUCCACCUGGCCACUUCCAGCUGGCUGGUCCACCUGUGCUCCCCCGAGGGGGGGCAGCUGCCCCCCCAGGGGCAGCCCAGCCCCCAGCUGGCCUACGUGCCGGAGUUUGUGCUGGAGAACAUCGUGGACUGCUGCCUCUUCGUCAAGCGCUUCUCGGCAAAGACCUUCGAGAUGGCCGGCCCUGCCCUGGACCACUUCAUGACCCUGAUCCUGAUGCUGAUGGGGAGUCCCGAGAGAGUGAGGAACCCUCACUUGCGUGCACACCUUGCGGAGAUGUUGGAGGCCCUCAUGCCCUCUGCCCAGGAUGAGCCCAACACCCUGCUGUCCAGCGUGUAUCGGGAGAAACUGUUCAGCAGCCACCCUUUCGUGGGGGAACUUGCCCCCACCCUGCUGCAUGUUUUCGUGAGCAUCGAGAUGACCGGACAGAGCGUGGCAUUCGAGCAGAAGUUCCAGUACCGCAGGCCCAUGUACGUGGUACUCGAGUACCUGUGGAACUUUGAGGUGCACCAGCGCAAGAUGAAGGAGCUGGCAAUAGACGCAGAGAAAAACAUCGAGUCGUCUCGUCCACCCAUAUUCCUGCAUUUCAUCAAUUUGUUAAUCAACGACGCCAUCUUUCUGCUGGACGAAGCACUCUCGUACAUGAGCAAGCUGCGGGAGCUCCAGCAGGCCAGGAGCGAGCAGGGGUCGAAUCCCGCGCAGUCCUCUGAGCAGGCCCAGCAGCAGGAGGCCAACUUCCAGCACACGGGGCUGCUGGCCAAGUUCCACAACGUGAUGAGCAACGAGACCAUACGUACUCUGGCCCGCCUCACCGCAGAGAUCCAGUCCAUCUUCUGCCACCCCAGCAUUGUUGAGCGCAUGACUGCCAUGCUCAACUACUUCCUGCUCAACCUCGUGGGCCCCCAGAAGAAGAACUUCAAGGUGCGUGACCUGAGGGAGUACGAGUUCAAGCCCCCCGAGCUGGUGCGGGACAUCUGCCGCAUCUACGACCACCUGGGGAGGGAGGAGAGCGGAGGAGGGGAGCGCUUCUGCUCCGCGGUGAGCAGGGACGGGCGCUCCUACACCCCCCAUCUCUUCCCCCUGGCGCUGGCGGUGCUCAACAAGAUCGGGCAGGUUCAGCUGGCAGAGAGGCUGGACGCCGUGGCGCAGAGGGUGCACAAACUGGCCCUGAAGCAGCAGCAAGACGAAGAGCUGCUGAGCGAAGCUCCCGAAGAAUUUUUCGACCCGAUCAUGAACACCCUGAUGAGGGACCCUGUGCGUCUUCCCUCUUCUGGAGUGACGGUGGACAGGGCCACCAUCGCAAGACACCUGCUCAGCGACCAGACGGACCCUUUCAACCGCAGCCCCCUGACCAUGGAUAUGGUGGUCCCAGACGACCCUUUGAGAGAGAAGAUGGAAAACUGGUGCAGGGAGCGCCGAGCUUCCUCUUCAUCCUCCUCCUCCUGAACGGACAAUUUUUUUCUACGCUCCGUUUCGUUUCGAGAAUUUUUUUAUUUCCGAGCGCAUUCGUUAUUCCGUGGACCCGUCUCCCGCUCUCUACGAGAGAGAGAGACUACCUAGGUGUGUAUAUUUCUGUUGUGAAGAUGGUUCUGUAACGCGUCAGGACAAUAAGAUUCCUUCUGUUUUUUUUCCCC